AUGUACUUUUGCUUGGAGAUUGGGUUAGCCAUUGCUGCAGCCAUGGUUCGGGAUCUGCUUGGAGUCGAGCUAGAGCGACAGUUCAAUGAGCCAUACCUUUCGACGUCACUGCAAGAUUUUUGGGGUCAUAGGUGGAACAUCAUGGUAUCCCGUAUACUGCGUCCUAUAAUAUACAUCCCUGUACGCAGCUGGUCAAUUAACAUUUUGGGCCACAAAUGGGCUGCACUCCCUGCUAUCAUGUCCACUUUUGUCGUAUCGGGCCUCAUUCAUGAGCUCAUAUUCUUCUAUUUGGGCCGCGCGAAAACCACUUGGGAAGUCACCCGGUUUUUCUUGCUUCAUGGCGCGCGUUUAACGGCCGAGAUUGCGGUCAAAAAGUCAAAUAAUAAGAGGGUGAGGAUCCACGUACCCAAGAUUAUAGCGAGGAUCUCCACCGUUGGAUUUAUGAUGAUCACGGGCAUUUGGCUCUUUUUUCCACCACGGUCGCGGUGUAAAGCUUUUGAAAGAGGGAUCGCGGAGUACGUGGCUGUCGGGGCAUUUGUGAAGGAUGUUUAUAGGGUGGCAAGCGCUUGCCUCCGGCUUUCUUCAACGCUACCGUGGUGGUUACUCAGUCGACUAUCGCCUGAGCUGAAGCAUCGCUUUUCGAGAGCCAUGGAUGAUGCAUUCGGUGUAGUUAAAUGGCUACAAACACUGGCUCUAUCGAAUAGUGCUAAUCCAUGGUUAUCAGAUGUGGUUGAUUUUGAUCGGGUUUCAUGGUAA